CAUCGACGGUCAGUACGCGUUCGGGACACCUUCGUUGUAGUCCGCCGAAGGGAUCACCCGCGCGAGUUCUCUUCUCUGCGGCUUCUGCUGCGUCAUCGAGUAUCUGGUCGGACGAGUGCGUUUGCUAACCGGGAACCAACCGGUAGGGACACACGCGGCGAUCCUAAGCGUCCGAGAGCAUCGUCCUUGGGAUCUUGCCCCCUUUUACGGCCGCGUCGACUUAGGGGCAGUCGUCGUCGUCUAGUGUCGCACCGGCGACCGCAGUGCGUCCAGUGAAGUUAGAGGAUCGAGAACCGCGAGCAUCGGUCCCGGCUAAGAGAACUUAUCGUAGUGCGAAUCGUAGUGUCUUGUUUCUUUCUAGGCUUCUUCCUUCGACGCUGGGCUUCGUUACGACUUCUCAGGUAGGCACGUGAUUGCGAAAAUGGCAGCUUCGCCGUCUCAAUCGGUGUCGACGUGGUUCGAGGGUCGAAAUGUGUUCGUCACCGGGGGCAGCGGUUUUAUGGGCAAAGUUUUAAUUUACAAGCUGCUGGUCAGCUGCCCGAAUCUGGGGAACAUCUUCAUGCUGGUCCGAAAGAAGAAAGACGUUGACCCGCAGACCAGAUUGCUGCACAUGUUACAGCAAGAACCGUUCAAGUCGAUCAAAGAGAAAUCUCCGGAGAAGGUGAAGAAACUCAUCCUGGUACCUGGCGACACCACAAUGGACGGUCUCGCAUUAUCGACCGCCGAUAAGGAACGACUGAUUAAGGAAGUCAGCGUUGUCUUUCAUAUGGCGGCAAAUGUGAAAUUCGACCUGACGCUGAAGGAUGCUGUGCGAAUAAAUACCCAGGGCACCAUGAACGUCCUUAAACUCGCGAAGCAGAUGACGAGCUUGGAUUCGUUCGUUCACGUUUCCACGGCGUAUUGCCACUGCCACGAACCCGUGCUCGAGGAAAGAAACUAUCCAGUAUCGGUACAGCCCGAAGUCAUGAUAGACACCGUGAACAAUCUGAACGAGGACGUGCUCGUUUCGAUGACGCCGAAAUUGCUGGAAGGCCAGCCGAACACUUACGCCUUCAGCAAAGCGCUCAGCGAGGAUUUGGUCCAAAGAUCCGGCCUGCCGGCAGCUGUUGCUAGACCUUCGAUAGUGCUUGCAUCAUUGAAGGAACCAGCGCCCGGCUGGGUGGAGAACUUGAACGGGCCAACCGGUCUGAUGAUCGGAGCCGGCAAAGGCGUGAUCAGGACCAUGCUGUGCAACGACAAGUACUUCUUCAACAUAGUUCCAUGCGAUAUCGCGAUCAACGGCAUAAUCGCCAUGGCGUGGAAAGUCGGAAUCGAGAAACCCCAGGAGCCGAUAUACAUGAACGUGACGAACGGCGCCGAGAAUCCGAUCACUUGGCGGAGCGCCAUCGAAAUGGGCAAGAUACAUGCUAGGAACCAUCCGUUCUCAGGGAUUCUCUGGUAUCCAGGUGGAUCCAACACCAAUUCGGUGGCGUAUCACUGGAUCCGUGUAAUCUUGUUCCACCUUAUACCGGCAUACCUGCUGGACGGCGUGAUCAUGUUAUCUGGAAACAAACCGUUUUUGGUACGAGUUCAGCAGAAAGUCAACGCUGGCAUCAAAAUAGUACAUUACUACACGACCAAAGAAUGGAAAUUCCGAAACGACCGCAUGAAGGAGCUGAACCAACAAUUGAACUCCUCGGACAAAGAAGAGUUCUUUAUGGACAUAGCAGCGGUUUCGUGGAACGAGUUUCUAUUGACAUACUUGUUAGGCAUCCGAAAAUUCACGUUGAAAGACGACCCGUCGACACUGCCGCGUGCGCGACAGGUCAUGAACUACAUGUACUACGCGGACAGAUUCGUUAAGAUCGCGAUGGCAUUGUUGUUAGCGUGGUUCGUUUAUUCUUGCAUGAACAUGACAAGGGAACUCGCGAUCGCUCCGUUCGACGUGAACGAGAUUUAGCUGUACUGUUAAGUAAACCGCAGACUUUACCUCACGGUAAUUUUUUUAUAUCGUCGUAUCUGCCUCCUAAUCUGCCACGCCGUUAAACGUACGUCUCGUUGAUCGGAGUUCGGCAUUGUUCGAAUACAAUUCUAUUCGGAUAAUGAAAUUGCCACGAAUACGAUUCGUAAUUCGAGAAUUCAUUAAGCGCGCGUGUUAUCCGCUUCUUUUAAUUAUACACAGCGGUGGCGCAGAAUCGUGUCGAUUCAAUGUCGCGAUUUAAGUUUAACGAUAUUAAUUACACGAUAUCGAAACAGUGAUCGCCGCUUGAUUUAUCUCCAGUGGAAUCCUAUAUUCCUCUGUUGUCGACGCUUAUUUAUCUUCACGGAGAAUGCAAGCGUACAGCGCAUAUAAAUUAUCUUCGAAUCGCAAGGGCUUCAUCGGGCCGCGUUUUCUUUGACUAUAACGCGUGGAAGGAGACGCGAGGCUUCCGAUUCUGGAACGAAACUACUGUCUACAAUGAUGAAACGUCGCAGCAUAAUACAAUUAUCAUAGGAUUGACCUACUCGAGUCACGUCGGCGAAUCGAAUGCGGAUAUUUGUGAUAUCUAGAUUCUUGUCAUUGUUUUUUUAGCGGUUACGAAUCGAAAGAACGAUUCGGAGAUUGAACAUUCAGAUUGAAUUCGGCGAUCGAGCUCGACGGAGACGCCAACGUGCUGGCAAACAGAGAUGUCCGACUUUGUCUUCCAAUUAAUUAAAUCGUACGGUCCGCACGGUGUAAACGGAGUGGGAAUUAUCUGCAACAAAAAUGCACAAUGAGCAUUACAAUUAUCGCAAAUUUACAUAGGAACAUUUAUAUGUAGAUACUUUCAAAAGUGUUCGAUCAUGGAAACAAUUUUCGCGUGCGCUAGAAGAAUGCAAAAAAUUAGCAACUCAAUAGUAAGAAUGUUUUAUUGUUAUAAUGUACAUUGACACAGCGUGUUCGUUGCCACGAUUACUUAUUAUUUUUAAGUCGUAAAGUUAUUAUUAUUAUUAUUAUUAUUUCGUGUUGAACGAGUAUGUAUACGGGAACAUUGACUUUUCGUGCGACGCGGCGUAACCUGUGCGAUGUGUGAUCGUUAAGACGCAACGUAUAAAUAAGUUUAUAUGAUUGUACUGAUUAAUAAAUGUAAUAAGAUAAAAA